AUGGGUGAUAGACAAGGUGUAGAUCAGCAGCCGCCGCAGCUACAAUCUCCAUCGCAGCAGCAGCAACAACAGGGAGCAGCAAGAGAAGACAUGAUUGGGUGUGUGAUGGCUUUAGAGGCGGCUUUGCUUCCAUGCUUGCCUGCCAGAGAGCUCCAAGCCAUUGACCGCUCUCCCCAUCCUUCUCAUCAAAUUGAUGUGGAGCGACAUGCCAGGGAUUUCAUGGAGGCUGCCAAAAAGCUUCAACUGUAUUUUAUUGGUCUGCAACGUGAAGACCAACCAACCAUGGCCGAAACGCUGAGGAAGGAUAUUGCUAUGAUGGAAGAAGAGUUGAAAGUAAAGGACGAGCUUAUCAAGAAGCAAGAGAGACUGAUUCAAGGAUGGAGGAAGGAAUUGAAAGAUCAAGCGGAAAAACACAACACUGAAUUAGAGAGAGUGUAA